AUUUUUUACAUGUGGUGGAUGUGAUGAGAUUCUUCAAAUAAAUUCGCCGCCUUGGUGCGUGACGGGUUAAAUUCUGCAGUUUUUGGUGAGAUGCUCGUGAGGGUGUCUGUUGGCUUUCCUGCAUAUUGAGAUGUUAGGUUAAUAGCCGAUUAUUAUCCGAUAAGGGCUUUAUUGGAUGAAAACAGGGCGUGCUUGUUCCGGAGAAGAUGAAAGAGCCAGGAGAUCUGAUGAAGAUGAAGACAGUCAGUGUGGCGGUGGUGCUGAGCGUGCUGCUCUGCUCAGCUCUGUCGGCCCCUUUGAAAGGUAAAGAAGACUCCCAGAAGACCAUGUUCUUUGGGGAGGACUUCCAUCUGCAGCUGCCCUCCCUGGCUGCAGAGGUUUUGUUCCAGCCCAGUAAUGCCAAGGCGGGGGUUGAGGUGGUCCUGAUGCGGGGUGGGUCCGUGGUCGGUAACCGUGCCAAGCUCAACAGUCAGCUCAGUCACCUGAUCCUAGCGAACGUGGGUGAGGGGGACGAGGGGACGUACUCGGUGAAGAACAACGAACAGCCGGAAGGAGUUGUCCGACGCAUCACACUCAUCGUCAGAGACUGUUCCAACGAGCAGAACAUUAAGUAUGGGGAGAACUACCACAUCCAGCUGGCAGGGGUGGAGGCUCCCAUCACCCUGGAGUAUAGGCCCAGUGCUGUGGAGGCCAACCUGACUUCCAGGCCACCCCUGGUGCUGAUGACCCGAGGAGGGCUCUCCAGAGACGGGUACCAGGGGCGCCUGAGUGUCAACGAGCGCCGGGUCACCCUCAACGCCGUGACAGGCGCCGAUGAGGGAAGCUACACCGUCAGAGACACGAACCUGAAGAUCAUGAGGAAGGUCUGCCUAAAUGUCAAAGAACACCAGAACUUUGUGAAGCUGCCGUACGCUGGCACCCUGAAGAUCAACCUGAUACUGAAUGCCUCCAUGGUGCGUCUGUUCUACACGCCUGACUACGACUUAAAAACCAGACAGAUCCUGGACGGGGGAGAGUUAACGGUGCCAGCAGACCUGGAUCUGGUGGGGCGGAUCUCUCUGGAUCCGUCUGUGGUCAUCCUGGACCAGGUCAAGGCCAGCGACGUCGGACAGUUCAAGGUCACGGACAUACUGGGGUUUCCUGUGUCCAACGUCUACCUGGAAGUGGAAGCCUACAAGCUGCCGUCCCUCUACGUGGCAAUCAUAGCACUGGUGGGCUUCCUGGUUCUCCUGCUGUUGGUGUGUCUGCUGUCCUGCCUGGUCAAGCAGAAGAAGAGGGCAGCCAAGGCCCGAGCCAUCGAGAAGAUUGCCCAAAACGCAGGCAAGGAGGACGAGGGAGAUGCCUUCAGACAGGUGGUGAAGAACAUUACUCAGUUUGAGGAGUCUAUAGCCCAGUCCAUCGACAUCACAGAGAAGUCUCAGAGCACUGAGGUGGACAUUAAAGGUCUGGAGGUGUCGUCCAAGGAGGUGGCAGGUGGUAACCUGGAGACCAGCGACUCAGGGGUGGAGUUUAACACCACUGGCCUCCCAUUGGACACUGACACUGACGUCCCCGACCAGAUUCCAGAAUCAGAGGCUGAGACUGAGAGUGUUGCCUUCGUCCCAGAAACCAAGCCAAGCCCACCCCCGGUUACCAAACCUAGCCCGGUUCCCGAGAUCAAAAAAUUUCCUGAACCAGCUCCUGAACCAAAGUUGACCAUAACCAAACCCGUUGAGACCAAACUCAGCCCAAUCCCAAGCCCGGUCUCCAAGCAGGCGCCAAGCCCCAUUGCCAAAACACCUGAUCCAGCCAAAACUCCUGAAUUGAAAACUCCUGAUUUCAAAACUCCUGAUCCGAAAAUACCUGAAUUGAAAACACCUGAACCAACCAAAACUCCCGAUUUUAAAACUCCUGAACCGAAAACACCUGAAUUGAAAACACCUGAACCAGCCAAAACACCUAUUGCUGUGUCUCCAAGCCCGGUGUCCUCUAAGCCAACCCCACCCCUGACCCCUGUCUCCAAACUAACUGCACCCCAACCAUCAACCCCUGAACCCCCCAAGCUGGUGACACCAACCCCAGAAUCCCCCAAGCCUGUGACACCAAUCCAGACUCCGACCCCAACCCCAAUGCUGAGCCCUGAACCUGCUCCGACCACCAAUGGCACACCCGAACCACCAGCACCUGAAUCCAAACCUGACACUGCUCCGGCCCCAGUGGGUCUGAUCGAAAGCCCUGUCGCCAAGGCAACCCCUCCUAAAACCCCUGAAGUGGAGGUGACCGCCCCAAGUAGUCCAGCCCUUGAGGCCAAAAUGGACACCCCAGCUGAGGACAACACCGCCACCACCGCAACCUGAGAACAGUCCCUGCACUCCUCCAAGGGAAACCCCACAGACCCAUUAUCCUUUCCUUCUCCACCACUGUAGACAGACAAUCGAACACUCCCCUUACCAAAUAAGGAAGAAAUCACUGCUACUAUCGAGGCCUUCCAUUCAACACUUCUAAUGCUCGAACAUGCUGUAGGUUGUUAUGAUAGCUAACUCACCUGUACCUAACACUAACAUUAUCUUUGAGAUACUUUUUUCAAUUCACAGAUACUUUUCACAAGAUAGGAAAUAUAAGCAAGCAAGUUCAUUUUGUCAGACGUUUUAGCUGUUGUUGUUUCUUUUUGAACUUUCUAUGCUGCAUACUCUUUUUUAGUGUGUAAACUAGAGCAUGACUGCCGGUCUGCCAACAAAAUCAGUUGCAGAGUUUACAAGUAAAAUGUUAAACCUAGCUUCUUUAGAUAUAUUUGACGUUCAGAGGUGUGCAGAAUGGUUCCACACCCUUUUACAUAGAUAUAGGAACAAAUAAAUGGCAAGUGAACAUUACUCAAUCUAGUUCAACUACAUCUAUGACCACCUACUCCAUUUGUGGAAUGAUGAAACCUUUGAUGAUGCCUGCUCUAAUCUCAGCAUGUGGAAAAACAGACCAAAACGAAAGCACAAACAGCUCGUAAAUUUGCAACUGACAUUUUUUAUCUCGUAUGAUGAAACCAAUGACAUGAUUUAGCCCCCCAAGGACUUAUAAAUGUGACUAUGACAUAACGUUCUCGUCAAACUGGAUGAAUUUAAAUCACCUUUCUAUCAAACUGGACUGGAUUCCUUCUCCUUGUGACAUUCUCUAGUAGUUUUCCUGAAACCUGGGAAUCCGGGAAUCUGGAAAUUUUCCUGCUGGUCCUCUGCCGUCCUAUAGAAACAUCUAGAAUGCUUGAAUGAUAAAACAUCCUGAUACAAAGGAUCCCCAGCAACACUAACACCUGAAUGCUAAACUCUAACAUCAAUUCCUUCUGCUAAACUAAGUCUAACUUUUGUUUAAAAUGGAUGUUUCAUGUGAUUGCGCUCCCAACUACGUGAGAGACUGUAUUGGUUAUAAGGUGUUGGCCAACUCUGACUGUCCCAGUGGAUCUCUAGAAUCAGUUUAAUCCAAGAGAAAGAGCUUGUUUUGAUCCUUGACCUCACCCCAGCACCUGAAGACCCCAAGGACACACCUCAGCACUUUAAGCAAUCCCCAGUGAAUCUUGGGAAAUGUAGUGCUGAUUGUUAUUGUGCUGACUACAACUAUGAGAGUGGGAGAGGAGGAGGGGUCUGGUGAGUGAUGUCAUUGGCUUAGUCCUAACAUUUUAAAAAAGGAAUCCUCCCUUCUCUAUGUCCUUCUUUACUUCUGUCCUUCCUUCUGUCCUUCCUUCCUUCUGUACUCCCUCUUUUCCUUCCUCUCUUGCUUGCAGCAGGUGGUGAAGUACAGUAUUAUGGCAUGGUUUCAUCUGGCCGAUAGAUGUAGCUUUACUGUAGGUCCUGCCCUCUUGACUUCUCAUUUAUAGAUUAUGGGUCAGCCUUUAUACCCCAUGAUGACUUAUAAAAGUACAGUAUGAAAGUAUAGUCUUCCCUGAGAUAAUAGAACAGACCCAUGUCAGACUAUUCCUUGCCUACACACAUCUACAUGCAUUACAGUCGUCUAUGAACUACAUACUGGAAGCCUUGAGCCAACUGUAGAUGUGUUCCACGGCUCUGAUGCCUAGUAUGGUGAUCUCACAGUACAGUAGACAUGCAGUUCUGGUUAUUUGCUCCAGCCUAAAACAGACACUUCACAAAUUAACCCACUAGCAUCCAUCCACAGCACUGGAUAUGAUGUCAAAUCAUGGGUUGAUGUGUUCUAAUAGCCUACCCUAUUGCCAUUGGUCUCUCUGACUGCCCUAAAAAGGUCCUGCGAGAACUUCACUAACUAUUAACUCACUGUACCACCAUCUCCAGGACUGUGCCAUGACACCAUCUGUCUUUAGUUGCUUGAAGCUAUGUUGCUCUAGCCUAGAUUUACAGUGCAAUAAGACUUCGCUGGUGGUUAAAACUCCUGUAGCCGCUAUGUGUUACAGGAGGAGGUGUGCAGAUACAUUUUGCUUAACAAAAGACAUCUCUACCUCAGUGUUUUAACUGACCGUCGUGACAAACACCAUGAAUGGUACAUUGAGUUCAGUGGACUACAUCUAAAAGCAUUUAGGAUUUUUAAUAAGAGAAGCACAAAUAGGAGCCGUGUUAAGUUCACCAACACAUCACUCAGUUGUUGGAACACAUAGAAAGUACAUCCAUCUUCAACUUCAAACGAUGGCCUUUCUCUUUCUAAACACUUCCACAAUUCUAAGACGUUUUUUAAUGCUAAAAUGAAUAUGAGAGUAAUAUGAAAGUUAAAAGCCAUAUGGUAAGAUAGAGAUAUAGAUGUUGAUAAGUACAGUAAAUGAAUCAUGAUGAAUACAGUAUGAAUACAUUAGUGUUUGAGGGGCCUAAAUUAUUUGCUAUAUUGUCAUUCAACUGAUGUAAGUGAUGAAAUGUCAAGGAUUAUGUCAAAUUCUACCACUGAAGAGAUUUGGCUACACUCUCAAUCUCGACCGCAAUGCUCGUUAAGCUCUGUUGUGUGGAGCCGUAACACCCAUUUAGGCAAUACUAAAAGCAGUGUUUAUCUGUUUCUACACACACACACACACACACACACACACACACACACACACACACACACACACACACACACACACACACACACAAACACUCGCUUAUGACCCUGCUGACGAGGUUCAGCAUUGUAAAUAUUGCAUGUGUAAGGUUUUAAAAGUCUCCUCUCAAAGGUUGAAUGUGUUUAGUGUAUAGAAUGGCCGUUGUAUUGUACUUGAUGAUAUAAAAAAGCUAAUCUAAUUUCUCACCUGUGCAAAGCCUACAUGCUGAUUAUUGAAUAUACUGUAUACAUACAAACUAAUCUUCACUAACUUAUAAAAUACAACUUGAACAACUGAAAAUUGGAAACAUAACUGAAUAAGUGCAUAUUUUUCCGUGUCACGGAUCUUCGAAUAGAAUCUAAAAUAUUUUGAUUGGAUGAACUUUUAUUAGUACUAUUUCAACCCUAUGAUGAUAACACUCACAGUAUAACACCCUUACAUAACUUAUAUAUAUAUAU